UCUAAUUGCCAGAGGAUUGUUCAGUUUCAUGUAGGAUUGUACCUCCAUGGACCUCUUCUAGAACUUAUUCACAGGAGACUUGAGCAGAGGUCAUGCUGGCUUGUCUAAGUAACUUUUUAUAAGAGAAGAGCAUGAUUGCCUCCUUCCAGGGAACUGGCAUUCAUCGAGAAAGGUUUGCUUUUCAUGGCUUCCUUGGUGGGAAUCAUUGAUUUUGGGGGAUGCUGCUCAGAGUCUCUCCACUUCUCUUCUCUCUGUGUUUUUUGCUUCCAUCUAUGACUUUCUUUGAAGUGCAUUUUUUCCUGAUUGGUCUGACUAAAGCUGGAGCUCCAGUGGAAUGUAAAUUUAAUAAAGGAGUUUCUAAACAGAUGCAUUGAAUGCUAACAGUUUAUCCACAUCUCUACCAAAUUUGCCUGAACAACUUGGCGUUCAACAGUGGUUGUAAAGUUGCCGCUGCUACUAAUCACUUAUGUUGAUGUACCUGAGAAGAAGGCAUUUUGAAAAUAAGGAAUAUAUUUUCAUUUUCGGCAUUUGAGAAAUCCACGCACAACACUAACGUGAAAGUUGGUGAGAAGAAGAACAUGGCUCAUUCCAUCCAACCCAAGUCAGUCCUGAUCUCUUAUUAACAGCUACAAAGAUAGCCCUCCACUUGUAAUGGUAUCUAGGUCACCAUGGCGACUGGACAGAAGUUGAUGAGAGCUAUUAGAGUUUUUGAAUUUGGUGGUGGACCAGAAGUGCUGAAACUCCAGUCGAAUGUUGCCAUACCAAUUCCGAAAGACCAUCAGGUUCUAAUUAAAGUCCAAGCAUGUGGUGUAAACCCGGUGGACACAUAUAUUCGCUCUGGUACUUACAGUAGAAAACCACUUCUACCCUAUACUCCUGGCUUAGAUGUGGCUGGAAUAAUAGAAGCUGUCGGAGAGAGUGUAUCUGCUUUCAAGAAAGGUGACAGGGUUUUCACUACAAGCACAAUCUCUGGGGGCUACGCAGAAUAUGCUCUGGCAGCCGAUCACACUGUUCACACACUGCCAGAAAAACUGGACUUUAAACAAGGAGCUGCCAUCGGGAUCCCGUAUUUUACUGCUUUUCGAGCUCUGCUUCACAGUGCCCGUGUGAAAGCUGGAGAAACUGUUCUGGUUCAUGGGGCUAGUGGAGGGGUUGGAAUAGCAGCAUGCCAAAUUGCUAGAGCUUAUGGCUUAAAGGUUUUGGGCACAGCUGGUACUGAGGAAGGACAAAAGAUUGUUUUGCAAAAUGGAGCCCACGAAGUGUUUAAUCACAAAGAAGCUAAUUACAUUGAUAAAAUUAAGAAAUCUAUUGGUGAAAAAGGAGUUGAUGUGAUUAUUGAAAUGCUAGCUAAUGUAAAUCUUAGCAACGAUUUGAAUCUUUUGUCACAUGGAGGACGAGUAAUAGUUGUUGGCAGCAGGGGUCCUAUUGAAAUAAACCCACGGGACACCAUGGCAAAGGAAUCUAGCAUAAUAGGAGUUGCUCUCCAUUCAUCCACCAAGGAGGAAUUUCAGCAGUUUGCAGCAGCUCUUCAAGCUGGAAUGGAAAUUGGUUGGUUGAGACCAGUAAUAGGUCCCCAGUAUCCAUUGGAGAAGGUGGCCCAGGCUCAUGAAGAUAUCAUUCAUAGCAGUGGGGCUACUGGAAAAAUGAUUCUUCUCUUAAAAUGAUUAAUCCUUCCACAGAUUUCCUGCAUAAUUAAAGGUUUCUUACCUCAGUUUUACGUACACUACAUUUGCUUUAAUUAGCAUUCAUUUGAUUCAGUGAGUUUCUUAUAUUAAAAAAAAAGAUUUAUCUUUA